UUUGGUUGUUUUCAGAAAAACAGUGUUGUGUCAGCGUGUCCCAGACUAGAAAACACGAUGGAGUGGAUCGGUACAAUCCGUGGUGGAGAGGGAACGGUAAAAACUCUCAUAGUAUUUCUCCCAACAACUUUGAAACGUUUUUCCUUUCAACAGUUUGAAAAAGGUCUACAAAUAAACAAUACUAGAAAUUUAGGCUCACUCAGUACAUAGAAAAUUACUCUUUCCGUUGAUACAAAGGGUCAUUAGGGAAUUAAAGAAACGCCGUCACUCCUUAGAAAGUAAGCUUAGGGGUGUCUCAGUCGUGUCUUGGCAAGUCCACUCAUAGUAUAAUAAAUUAUUACACAGUUAGGAGCUAGCUAUACCCGGCUUGACACUGCAUAGAUGUCUAAAUGAUAUGAAAUGAUGUCUGUUAUCAAUAUAGGUAUACGAGGGAAAAGAAUACAAACUAUCAUUACAAUUUCCAAGCUCGUAUCCUCAUAAGCCACCAUUGGUUAAGUUCACCACGCCCUGCUUCCAUCCAAAUGUUGAUCAGGAAGGCACCAUCUGUUUAGACAUUUUAAAGGUAUUUGCUUUUCAUUCUGUUUGCACUACUUGUUACAAGACAGUUCUAAAAAUAAAUAAUUUUUGGGUAUGUUUCAUGUUAAUUUAUUUACCUGCGCAGUACCAGGAUUAUCGGUGCCUUUCAAAUAAAAUCUGAAUUAUUUAAACCUGUUUUUAUUUGUUUAUUUUUCUUAGGAAAAUUGGUCAUCAACAUAUGGCGUCAGAACCAUAUUACAUUCAAUACAAUCAUUACUAGCGGGUGAGCUUGGCUCUUUCUAGUUGUCCAUGCCCUUCGUCCACCAGUAAUUUAGGAGAACAAAUUGUGACAAAUACAAGUCCUGAAAGAAAAACAACAUCAGAUGAUUAAGGAUUUCGAAGAAUGGCCCUCCCCCAGGAAAUUCAUAUCAAAAGUUUAUAAACUUCUAGCCUGUGAAUGAAGGUGUCUCCCCCUCAACCCCUAGGGAUGCAUUGAAGGGGAGGCAUCUGCAUCUCAGCAACAGGCAAUUCCAUACUGGUGAUGUAAAUCAGUGUUUACCAUUGAUAACUCAUCUGAGAGUAGGAGCUAAUGGGUGUUCCGAAUGUAAAUUUCUCAGAGUUCAUGUUUCUGGUCUAUUAUGGUAAUGUUUUGAGUUUUUCUGCUAGAAGAAUAAAUUCCAUGAAUAAUGUCUGUUUUGUAUUAGAUUCAUCCUUCUGACUUUUGACCUUUGUGACCUUUUGUCGUGUCCUUAAUGCAUUAUAGACAAUAGCGAAAAUUUACAGUAAUAUUAUGUAGAAUUACCAGUUUGACCAAUAAGAGUUGCAGACCAAUUUCUGAACAGAUUUUACGUCAUUAUUUUUGGAAUAAAUUCUGGUGUUGAGGUGUGUGGAUGUCUCUCCUGUGAAAUGUCCCUAUCGGCAAGGAGGAAGGAGAGACAGUUGAAUUGACAGGGUUCAGUGGGAAUUACAGUGUUUAUAUCAAAAUAUAUAUCACAAUUUUCAUAUAUAGAAAUAUGACCGUUUUACAGUAACUGGAUAUUUUUGAUAACUUCAUACUGAAUUUAUAAUAAAAAUAAAAAUGUGAAUUUUUAAUAAAAUAAUUAUAAUUUCUACAAUGUAGAUCCAAAUAACAAAAGCCCUCUCAACGCUGAAGCUGCAAGAUUGUGGAAUAGUGAAGGUAAAUAA